UUCCCAGUCAGAUGUGUUCCCUACCUGAGAUGCUUCCUGCAUGAGCUGGCAUUUCAUCUAAUCCGACAGGAAACUUUGGAGCUUCAACUCUUCACCAGUUUCCAAUCAGUUUCGCUGAGGAUUUGUUUGAGUUGGAUUCUCUUCUGUUGAUUUUCUAUUUUCAUGCGGUUUUCACUCGUGUAGGCUCUCUUUAACUUUGGUCGAGUACAACUUGAGGCAGCUGCAGUAUUUCAUUCUUUUUCUGAAGAAUUCCACCGAUUUUGAUUGAACUGCUGAGGUGAAUUUGGAAUCUGUCUCGAAUUUAAAUCACUCAGUCAAAUUCCUCUGGGAGAAGUUUCAUUUGUGUACUUUGUGUCCUAAACGAUUUGAUUUGUGAUCACAGCUCUGAUAUCAAAUCCGUCAAGAAGAUUACAUCCGAUUUAUUGGAUUUACUCAUCAAGCUGUUCCCAGUGCACUGGAUCUACACACGUUGUACAGUCACCCUGUACAUUGCCUUCAUGAUUAUACAGCGUUAUCUUGACUGAUUGGUUCAGCAUUACUCAUGCAGUCAUCCCCAGAGGAAACAAACUCAGCCCACGCCAGAACGUUUUCUGAACACACUCAACACAUUGUGUGAUUCGUGCUCUGCAGCCAACGCAGACAUAGGUUUAGACUGGGUCGUUCUUUGUCAGUUGGAUACAGUUGAGAUGCCAGAAGCCAUGGACGGAUCAAAAGAUGAAAUUCCCAGUGAGCACUCGAUAGUAGCUGCGCGGGCAUCUGUGAUGAUAUAUGACGAUGCCAACAAAAAAUGGAUACCGAGUGGUUCAUCUCAAGGCCUUUCCAAAGUACACAUUUAUUACCACUCUGUCAACAAUACGUUUCGGGUGGUCGGACGAAAAUUACAGGAUCAUGAGGUUGUGAUAAACUGUGCGAUCCUGCGAGGGCUAAAGUACAACCAAGCCACAUCCACAUUUCACCAAUGGCGGGAUAACAGACAGGUCUAUGGACUCAACUUCACGAGUAAGGAGGAUGCAGACAAGUUUGCCCAGGCCAUGUGCACGGCAUUAGAAAGCCUAGUUGGUGCGUCUCCGCGGCCGAGUCAGCCGAUCUACCAACAGCCUCAGAUACAACAACCUCCACAAGGACAACCUCAACAUCCUCCACAACAUUUCCAACAGAAUGGGCCAUCAGAGACGCAUGUGUUACCGCCACAGCAGGUGCCACAGCCUCCAGCUGCACCUGAGCCAGAACAGAGGCCACCACGGGAGGACUAUCAGACACAUCAGAGGAAAUCAUCACAACCAACAUACCGAGACCAGAUGAUCGGCACGCCCCAGGAAAGUCAGCCCUCCACUCUACCAACACAAACCCCACCACGCUCAACACCACAAGUGACAUCAGCACCGCCAGCUCCACCACCAGCGCCCCCUGCCCCUCCUGCAGCACCCCCGGCACCCGCCGCACCAGCGCCACCUCCCGCACCACCACUACCAGCGCCAGCUAGCAAAACACCGACAAACACAGGUGGUGCUCCCCCUCCACCAGCCCCUCCACCACCACCCCCUUCAGGUGGAGUGAAGAAAAAUGACGACGAAGACUCAAAUACGGGAGGUUUCGCUGCGGCUUUACGCACGGUCCAACUCAAGAAAACUAACAAGUCAGAAAGUAAAGAUACUGUAGAUAAUGAAAAAGAAACGCGUGGCCACUCGCGAGGACCUUCCAUCCCUGGCGCCGGUGAUAUGAUGAGUGAAAUGGCGCGACUCCUCGCCCAGCGAAGACGGAAAACGGAAGGAGAGCUGGAUGUUGACGGAAGUGGCUCGCAGUCACAGAAUCAAACUAAUGCACCAACCAAUACUUCAACCACUCCAAAUAGUACAGAGAAACGACCGUGGGAAAAGGGGAAUAAUAAUACUAGUAACGGAAAUAAACCAAACGGAUCAGAAUCACCUAAAGUGAAUCGAACUAGUGGCACUCCCACUGACGAGAUCAACUUGAGCUGCAGGACCUCGUCGUUAACCAGAUCUCACAGUCUCGCUCAAAAUAAAAGAAUAAUGUCGUUAACGAACCAGGAGCCAAUAGUGAACGGUGCUAUCAGCUCACAGGACUUAGAGAUUAUGAAACAAGAAAUCAUUACAGAAAUGAGAAAGGAAAUGCAAAAAAUGAAAGAAGAAAUUAUAAGAGCUGUUAUACAAGAGAAGAAGUAGGAAAGAUAAAACAAUUAAUAAAUUGAUAUUCUGAUUUUAAAAUCAUAUUGUGCUGGUGCUAAACUUUCAUUGAAGGAGUACAGUACAUUGGUGCAAUGCUGUACUGUAUGUAUACGCGAGUAUACUUCUCAUCUUAAACGGCCUGUACCAGUCGAUGCUCGCCCAGGCGACGCCAACCAUGCGCGGGCAGGGAGAGACGUUUGCCUCAUUCUGGAUUGCAUCGUGUUACCCCAAGUUUCCGAUUCCAAUGAUUUUAGACGUUCUUGAUUGAUGUUUCGAUUGGACAUCUUUUCAUGUUCAUGUUAGUAUUAUCGUGAAUGGAUAACACCUGAUAAAUAGAUGACUCUUGACUGACAUAGCUGGGGGUAUCUAUUUAAGGUAUGAUUCAUACAGCGGAUGUGGUUCUAUUUAUUUUCAUAGCAUGAAGGUAGGAUACAGAGAGAGGAUUACGGAGACAUGGAUUAGAGAGAAUGGAGGAAAGGAGGGGUUUAUGUACAUAAUGAACGAAGGAUGCACUGAUGUGUUCUCUCAACACGUAAACGGUUCAAUACAUGACCCAAGAAAUAAUUAAUAUAAUAAACAUUGUAUAGUUAUGCAUUUAUUUUGUAGUCUAAAGCUAUUUAAUGUAUUGUCACUAAUACUGCCAAACUCUCAUAUGGGCAGGGCCCAUCCUUCUAGUGGUACAUUUGCUCCUCAGUUUGACCUGCACGCGCUUUAGUUGACUGUAUAGGCUCUCUUAGUUAAUAUCUCAAUUGAUCAUAUGCCACAGCACCAGCUUCCUUACAUGUAGGUAAUGAAUUGAUAAUAUGAUCAGUUUGAUAACGUCAAUGACAUUAGUAGUACACCUCAAAUCAAGUUGAUGAGUUUAAGACUAAUUGUACUAUCUAGCAUAGUGUCAGACAUCAUCGGGAAGUUAGAACUUGUCAGAUGUGUGCUGUAAACUUGAUAUGAGGUGUAUACCCUUCAAAUAGUGGUGUGGCUUAGUUCUGUAUGCAACCACCAUGACAAUAAUUCGUUCACCAGGAUUCUGUGUAUCGCAUGAUUCUUACACAUAAACCUGUUCUUAACGACGAGAUGGAUAUAUGCUUCGCCAAGAGGCUUGAGUUACAGCAGGGUCAUUGGCAGAAUUGGUUGUGCUCUUUGUUCGGGGAGAGUGGUGUACAUUGUUGGUAUGGAGUGUAGUGAACAUGUAGUGUUGUUUUUGAUAACUUUGUACAUAUGAAAUGCUGCCUUCAAUAGACUGGAUAACAUAUAAUACUCUUGAUUUGUUCUUAGUUCUGCUGCUAGGUGGUGCUGAUAACAGAUUUGAGCUGGGUUUUGGUUCAGAUGAAAAUGUCAUUCCAUUUUGGAAGUUUGCAGUUGAGUGAAAUGAUGGUAGACAAUUCUAGUCCUUAGCUUUGUUCAAAUCUAGUUGUUGUCCCAUUGGCUGCUUUUGACUGAUAAUAAUAAAACUUGCAAUCCCAGUGUAAUAACUUAGUAAAACUGUACAUACUCUGGUGUAUAUUGAUUAUAUUAACUCAUAUAAGCCGCACUUACACCACAUGAAAAUGGACCACCAAUCUUGGUUCGGGAACCAAUGCCGCACCAUCGAAAAUCCACCAAGCGCUUACACCAGCGCUGCAGCUAGUUAUAAAAUCCGGCUACAGAUGGCGCGCAAACAAUAAGCAGUACGCGGAAAGCCUUGGCAGAAAGCGCCAUUUCGAAAGCGCCGCCUGGAGCCGAACCAUCUAACUAGCUAAUUGCCGAUCCAUUUGCGCUUACACCACGACAAAGCCGAGCUUUUAACAAGCCGGGCGAAUUUGGACCAUCAAGCUUGGUGGGACAAAUUCGCUCGGCAAUUUGUAUCGGCAAUGGAUUGCCGAACCAAUUUGUCGCGGCAAUGUGGUGGUGUAAGUGCAAUUGGUCCACCAAUAUUUCGUGGUGUAAGCGCAGCUAUUGUGUUGGCGCUGUGUAUAUAUUUCAUAAUUAAGCAAUAAGAUGACUUGGUUGAAUGCUGACUCUGCCAGUGGUUCAUGCUGUAACUCGUGUGAUUGUCAACUGUGAUCACUAUACUCUUCUCCAAGUUCCUUAGAAAUGCUCAUUUUGGCCGAGACUUUUUUGGUCAAGUUCGAAGAGAGUCCCCUCUAAUUAUCAAUCUUUAUGUUAGUCCUUGUCACCCGUGUUUAUUCCACUCCCAACUUCAUUGUGACCAUGAGGCUCCACACACUGGAUAGGACUUGCAUGGAUUAUAAGUUAUGUUGCAUAAAAAUCAAUCCAAAAACAAAUAAGUGACAUAAAAAAGUGACAUUUCUCAAGAACUUGGAUAACUUUAGGUGUUGUAUGAAAAAUAGUCUAGAUACAGCUUGAGAAAGUUGUGAAUAGUACUGAUAUAGGUGAGGGGCAUCGUCAGAUACUCCUUGGUAUGUCUUGAACAAGGUUAACCUAUUACUUGUUUUCAGUUGGGUGUUUUAAAAUGUAUUGAAUCAUGGAGCAGGAUAGGCCCUAUAAAUAUCCUAAGAAAGUGUUGCUUGCUUGCACAUAGUACUGAAUGAUGCAUGUACAUUUGGUCGCUUGAAUACUCACAAUGCUGUAUGCAUUCUACACUAGUCAGCUUCUAUAGCUUUCCUCCAUAAUUGCCCAAUUUGCUUUUGUUUCUAAACAGUACAACGAAUGCUUUGCUUUUUAUGUGCAAAUGAAGUGUUGUGUUUGAACUUGGAUGUCAAAAUCGAAAUAAACUUUGGAGUGGAAGGAAAAUCACAAGCAGCAUUGAACUCAUUUUCAUCAACUUAGUUUCGAGUUCAAAUAUCUGAGAUCUGGCCUGUUCAAUGCGAGUGAUUACAUCUUAAUAGUGCCAUCUGCAGGCUGGUACUGAAGUUAUCAUCAUGUUCAAAAUGUCACAGCUUUUGGGUACAAGUCAUGAUUUCGUAAGUGCCUUGCUAUUUUUAUGAUCAUUUCAAUACAGCUUUGACACAUACUGUACAGACAGGUAUGUUCUCGUCAUUCUCGAGAUUGAGGGAUUCCAAGGAUCACUUCUUGGUUUCUAUUCUUGGCUGUCUGCGAGAGUAUUAGAAGAUUGACAGAAUUUGCCAAUAAUACGUAUCUUUCCUACGUCUAAAGUUUGAAAAAUAUGAAAUGUAAAAAAGAGUUAAUUGAAUGUGUGUAUCAUGUAGCUUUAUACUGAUUUCUGCUCAUGUAGUUGGUUUGUGCAUGCUUGUACUGUCGAGACCACUGAGGAUCUUGAUGGGAUGUGAGGGUUCACUAAUGUUACAUCAACCAGAUACCUUCAUUAACCUUAAAUAUUAUCAUUUGAGCUGGACCUCACAGUCGAGGUGGCGUUCUCAACUUCCACACUUUACCGAACAAUCACAAACAAUGCUCAUGGCUUUGACAAUGAUUACGGAACAUUGGCUACUUUUAAGCAAUUGAAUUUGCCAAUAAAAAUAUUAAUGAACUUCACCAGUAUUGUGCAUGAGACUUACUACUGUUUCCUUAAUCAUGACAUGCAAUGGCUUAUACAGGCUAAGUAAUUCAACUCUAACACUGUGAAUAAUUCACUAUAAUCUUGAUUAGGGGUUCAAAUAUGUAACAUAAUCAAGUAAUUUAUGAAUGAAUUGUGCUACACAUCCAACUUGCGUCAUCCAGUUAGUUUGCUGUUGACAAUGCCCUGUUUUGAGGGCUAAAUAUGCCCUGUAAACAAGCCAUUUCUCUCACUGUGCAACCUGCAAUCAUCAUGGGGGUGCUCAAUGAAACCAUCCGUUGAUAGAGGUAGAACCCAAGCUCAUAGGGUGGGUUCAAAGCUUCAAGUGUCUCGCCUAGCUCCUAUUGGAAUCUCCUUCACACUGGCUCUUCAAAUUGAAUAUUGCGUUGACAGGGACAAGAGACUCGUGGCAUUCUACUCUGGUAAAUAAAGGGUGAAAGGAAGUGAGUAAGUGCCUUUCAUCCUCAUGAAAUGUCUAGGACAAUGAAGUGCGACAAGGUGUCUGUCGCCCAGAACGUGUAUAUUCAGUUUGCUGACCAGGUCAUCCUUGUGUAUACUGUAAGACUUCUGUCGGAGACAUUGGGUGAUAUGAAUAAAGACUAGCAAAUGCUUUUACUCCGGUUUUGUACAGAAAGGCCUAGUGUAAAUGUACAUGGAGAUUUAGAUAAAAGCAUUUGCUAGUCUUUAUUCAUAUCACCCCUUGUCUCUGAAGGUGCUACUAGCUUGUAAAUGAGAGAAAGGUGGACAUUGCUCAACUUUAGUGAAUGUUCCUUGCUUAUAUUGCACACUCUUCUCUGUGGGCGUGUAUGUAGAAAGAGAUCAACUUUACAUAUAACACAGGUAGUGAAGACAACAAGAGACUUUAAAAAUGUGUUGGAAAUAGUAUUCCAGAAUUCUAGAAUUUCGAUAUUUAGACGGGUCUUAAGAUAUGUUGAUGCUCACCUGCUAGAGCCUUGAAGAGUUUUGAAAUACAAAAAAUGAAUUUUAUCUUAUAUUAAAUAAAAGUAGAUGAGUUAAGAUAUAUUUAUCUGAAACCAUUGGUUCCAAGACGAAAAUUUGGUAUUGAAUCCUUUGACUAAUUCAGUGAUUCUUUGUGCAUGAUGGUCUGCAAGUGAUGAAUUCCAUGACCGUCCACGAUCAGUCCUCAUGUGUUGGCCCUCACAGCUAUCUAAUAUUAUGUAAUGUAAUAUAUAUCCAGCUUCGCAUGUCCAAAUGGUUGAAAUAUGUACCAGUUUUCAUGGUAUUUUGUAAAUAUGAGAAUAUUAUUUGGAAUUUCUACUGGUUUCUGAUCAACUAUGGUGUGACAUACUUGAAAGCAGAGCUGGGUUAAGUCGAGCACAUGUUGAUUAGUGAAAGUGAAACAACUUUGUUUUGAGUACUGAUGAAUGUAAACAGAGUUAGCAGAAAAAUUUCAUUAGUUUAUCCAUUGAUUUAGAGGCAGUUUUGUUGGGUUGCCCUGUAUAAUGUUGUAUAAAGCUUGUUACAGUUUUUUUGUGAAAAACAAUGGAUAUGUUAUUAGUGCUGGCUGGUGAAGUGUUAAGUGUUAUCAAACCAUAGUUGAUGAGAGGUCUGAUACGAUCUGUUGGACACAGAAUAUGGAAGAACUUUGGUUCUAUCUGAUGGUGUCUCUCUGUAAAAUGGAAUGCAAAAGUUAGCUUCGUUUCAUAUAGAAAUCAAGAAAUGUAAUAAGUUAUACUGGAUGUGACUAUUUGCUAUAUUAACUGUACAUGAAAGUGAUUUGUACGUAGAGAAUUUAGAGAAUUCCUGUAGUUUUGUCUCUCUAUCCUGACAUUUUCCUGAAAGGGUCCGAGCUGUGAACAAGAGUGUCACCAUUGUGAACUGUUGCAGUCAUCUGUUGCACAAUUUUGCUGGGGAAGUUUAGCAAAAUCCUUAGUUAGGAGUCUUGAGCUUCUAGUUCAGGUACAGACCAGGGCUCAUUCAAAGGUUUGUAGUGCAAGUCUUAAACUUAGCACCUAUUUGUGCUCUGCCUAUGAUGUAGACCAGAUUUGUCAGGUUGACCACAAAGUUGGGUCUUGUAGCUAGUCUACUUACCUGGCGUGUUGCUAAACCUCCCGAGAUGUGAAGACAGAUACUUUUGGAUUUUCUUGAUGUUUUUGCUUUCAUCAUGUCUAUGAAAAGGCUUCUGCCCAGUUAAGGAGUUAGUGUGAGGUAUUGGAAUGAUAAUCACACUGUCCUGCCUUCAAACAUCUUGAUAUCAUCACCUAAUACCUGGUAACCUUUUGGUUAGUGAGUUCAUUUGCCAAUAAGCUAGUUGUUGUCGUGUUGUUUGAUCUUGUAAGCUAUUCUUUGAACAUCUGGGAUUAUAGGACGAAAUUGGUCAUUCAGACCAUGACGCAGGAGCUGAGUGUACCAGCCUUGGGUUAGGUAUGGACUACUUGUAUCAUGUCUGUCUUUAUGUUAAGGUGCUCACAUUUGCUUCAGUGCAUUGAAGGCAAACACAGCUGCAUGUGACUACGACACAUAGAGUUGCCACCAAACCCAUUAAGGUCAUUGUCUUGGGACCAGAACUCAAUUAUCUUACCAAGGAAACAUUGGCAUCAUCUUUAAUAUCUUGCUUACUGAUGUGCAGCUUUUUGUCGAAUAAGAAAGCUUUGGAGUCUUUAGACCAGUCAUAGACAGAACAAUGAGUUUCUCACCCUAACUUGAUGAGAAACCUUUAACAGAACUCAGCAAGUUUUGCAGUAAGUUUCUCAUUGUUGUUGUCAUCAAGCCUAGGUUAGCUCCGUUGUGGCUUUUGCAUAGACAUUUGCAACAUCAUAACUAACAGGGCUUGACCAUUUCGAUCCAACCACUCUCAAAACCAUUUAUGUACAUUAUGUCAAAUUUCGGAAUGAUGUCCCAUUACUCAUAGUUUCACUCGUGGUUGCGUGGUCUCACAGCCUGUGGAGUUGGUCUUUUAUUUUGCACCUUUUCUACAAUGACUAAUAUGUAUAGCUUUUUAUCAAAAUCCUGUAAUUAUGAAGUUAAACAGAACAAUAAACUAGCUGCUCAUACAAACUGUAAA